GCGUGUGACUUGACAGUGACAGUUAAAUGACAUAAAAUGAAAAUGAAAGCCGCUUUUGUCACUGAAUUUAAGGAAUGUGAAUUGUGAUCAAAUUACAGUCAUUCUAACUUUAUAUAAAUAUAUUUCUCAAUAAAGUAAUUUACGCAACUUAUUGACUCGAAUACCUCACCAAACUAGUUAUGUUACGGCCGAUUAGUACGAUCGGUCAUAGAAUCUCAUUCGAGAGAAAGUCGAAGGAAUUUAUCAGGAAUAAAGUGGUUCACCCCGCUUCUAUCUUGAAUCCAGCGGAGAAGUUAAAAUUGUACAACAAAGAGAAUAAAGAACUAUUCGGGCCGUUGCUCGAGACUAACAAACAAAAGAAACGUCGUGUACAGAAGGAAGCUAAAAAUAAUCAUCAAAACAACAGACAGGCGAGUGAAAACACAUCGGAAUACCUCGGAAGCAAUGCUUUGAGCAGGCGUCUGUGCGGAAACGUAAACUACGGUCCUUUUGAAGCGUUCAAGAAGACAAUGUGGCAGAAUACGAGGCAUUGUGUGAACAUUGUCGGUGUGUUGCUGAAUAAUGCUGCCGUGCGGGGUUUUAAGACGGCGGCGGUGUGUGAUGCCGCGCGCAGCUCCCCCGCGCAGCCAGGGUAUGCCAGCGAAGACAAGAUCAUGCAGAUCAAGCCCCAUAAGAAUGACUUUGCUGAGCAGUACCCAUCAGUGACCCUGAUUUUGAACAAGACUAUGACCGAGGAUUCGAGAGCUGCGUUGGAAAAGUGGAAGCAGGAGAGAAUUGCUGAGAUGGGACUUGACGAGUUCAACAGAUUUUAUCAGGCGCAAAUGGCGGUCGGCACGAAAUUCCACAACACAUUGAAGAACUACUUCACCCAGCCUCGCACGCAGUUGAGGAUCGAGAAAGACGUGGAAGGAGUAUGGGUGUCGGUGGCUGAGGUACUCAAAAGUAUAUCAUCGCCGAAGGCAAUAGAGUCGAAUGUCGUACACCCGGUGUUGAAGUACCGUGGUAUUUUCGAUGCUAUUGCUGAUUAUGAAGACAAGCCAACACUAAUCGAAUGGAAGAAGUCAGACAAACCCCGUAAAUCUUUAGCUCUAACAUACGACAAUCCGGUCCAACUCGCCGCUUACUUCGGAGCGGUGUGCAACGACUUGAACUACAAGCAUUUCAACGUACGCGACGCCUUAUUAGUUAUCGCCUACACUGACGGAUCCAAGGCUGAUGCCUACCACCUGUCCACGGAUAAAUUGAGGGAGCACUGGGCUCAGUGGUUGAUCAGGUUGGAAGAGUAUAUGAAAAAGUUUGGCAAUGAUUCGGAGAAGUUGUUGAAAGGAGGCAAAAGGAUGUUCGAGGAGGAGUUAGCAAAUCUCUAGUAAUUUGCUUGGAGGAGAAUUUUGCCUUGAUUAUUGGAUAUGAACAAACAAAACAAUUUCUGAUUACAAAUUACUAUACUGAUUGUAUUCGACUUUAAAAGGCUGAAAUUAAAAUGUGUUUCAAAAUUGUGAAGUUAUUCUCCGUUAAAAGGAGUGUUUAUGUUAAAUAUAUCAAAUAUCGCUUAAAUGCAAAUCUUUUCACAAUCCAGUAAGCAGAAUAAAAAACACCAAAGCUUUAGUGUUUAAAAUAUAUGAUAAAUUAAUUGUAAUACACAAUUUUGAAAUAUAUUAUAGUUUCGUUGAAUUUGAAUCGAAGUUUGUCAAUGUUAAUUGUCAAUUUGUUUGGUGUGAUGCUAAAUUAUCAAUAUUAUGUGGUAAAAAUGCUCUAACUAUAAAAGUGUUAUCUACAUUUUUAAUUUUUUCACUGAAUUAAAACAUUUUUUUUUUGUAUUAAGUACAUUUUGGCAAUUCAUAAUGACCGAGAAAUGUUACUAUUAAAGUACGGGAUAACUCUUUGUUUUAAACCGGUCAUGUAAACAAGACGCAUUAAUUACAUCUAGGCAUACCUUUUUCGAAUAUCGAAUUGCCAGUUGUACUGAUUACAGGUUAUUUGAUAAAUAUACUUUCUGAGUAGGAACUAAACACUUGUUUAUGUAUUAUAAACACAAUAUUGAUACUUUAGUAUUGCUGUGUUGAUAUUUCAAGACUGGUAAAUUGUUGGCUAUGUUAUAGGCAUAUUAUGGAAUCUAUGCAAUAUAGAAAAUACAGUUUUUACCUUUUAUUUGGGAUCAAUACUUUGUCUCUUUUACUUAUUUUCUUAUUAUUAGUGUCUUUCUUCUUCUAAUAAUUGAAAUGUGAAUGAGACGAAUGAUUUAAAAUAUCAGUGAUGGUCGAUUGAGUUUCGAAAAUCAUCUUGAUUUUUUCGUAUUAAAUAUUACGGUAUUAAACAAGAGAAAAUAUAUUCUAUACGAAUACAAUACGGCACUUAUUACUUCAGCAGUGGAUGAUUGAUUUAGAAAUAGCUCUUCAUUAGAUCUGAUAAAAACAUUAGUAUGUAUUUAAUUAGAUCUGUUAUUGAAACUUAAUGCUAUACAAUUCCAUAAUCUGCCUUAACUUAAAGCCUGGAAUACACGUGUUAUAAGCAUUAUUUAUGCUGAUAUAGUUCGCUGAGACAUAAGAACUAUCAAUGUUGUUAGUUACCUUAGCUUCGCAUUUUAGGUAUUCGGCGAGCAAGUGGGAUGGCUCAUGUUAAGCGCGAAACUCGACCUUAUUGACGUGAAAUUAACAACGACACGAAUUAUAGGUAUUUGAUAACCUAAUAUAUUCUCUAAGAGAUCGGACUAAGGUUGAAAUGGGCAUGUUAAUCGCCAUCUAACAAGUGUGUUCCAGGCAUAAGAAGUGUAUAAUUAAAUUGUUAUAGAGUAGGAAUAAUUGAAGUUGUACCAUUGAGGUUCUAUUUGGCUGAAUAGUAUACAAUGAGGUUGGAUGUAUCAAACAUUGUCCUUAAAGUAUGGAUAUGUUUAAACCAAAUUAUGGCCAAACAGUGUCAUUGACCUAAUGGCGCAAGCUCUAACCGCCGUUUUCAAUAAUUAACCAUCCCAAUCGCUUUUUUAAUCCAUCGUAAAAAUGAACCAAUCAGAACAAAGUUUUUUGACAUGCUUACAAAUGACUUAUGUUGAUUGGUAUAAUCUUGGUAUUAAAUGGAAGAGAUUGAGAUCGUAUAUUGAAAAAGAUGGUUAAUCAUAGAGGAAGACAGUCCAAGGUCUUCAGACGAAGAUCUGUCGAAGUGGAAGAGAUGGAGGAAGGUUUCUGGCAUCAAGCCUGAAUGUUAGGCAUGAGGAAAUAUAUGAAAAAUUAGUUAAAGUUUUGUUCUGUGUAUGAUUGUAUUCAGACCUAAUUGAUUAUCUGUUUUCAUUCGAAUAGUUAUAAACAUUUCAUGCAUAUCACAAAAUGUUGGUACAAAUGAUAUAAAUUCAGGCCAAUAUUUGUUUCGAAAAGAAAUCACAAUUUCAAUGUCUGUAGUAAGAAAUAAUUGUCAUCGACUUUUUUUGUUUAAUUGGAUGAUGGACUUUCGUAAGUUUGGUAUACAGUAUACACAAUAUUAAAACAAAUAUUGGGGAAAUGAUUUGGUCAAAGAUUGGUUGAUUUGCUUCAACCGGGACGAAAUUCGUAAAAUGUAUAAAAUUAUGCCUUCGAAAAAUAAACGUCUCGAACUACGAUCAUUUGUGUUAUCUGUUUUUUAAAACUACUGUGGCAAAAACACACAACAAACAAAAUAAGAUUUUAAAACUGUAACAUAGCUGCUUAUUGCUUGCAAAAAAUAUUUCGUAAUAACUCUAUCACAUUUUUUAUCAAUGUUAAUUGAAUGAUUUAAAACUAGAAGUAUUUUUUUUUAUUUUUAUUUUUUCUGUAUGGCAAUACUAUAUAUUAUCUAGUAUUGCCAGCGUAACAACCGCAUUAUUUGCUUACUUUUACAUCUUGCUUAUUAUAGGAAUAGUUUCUUUAUUAUGAUUCUAUUAGAUAAUUAGCUUUCAAUCGUAUGCCAAAAAUUUAGUACGCAACUAGUCAGCUCUGUCCAUUACUGGUACAAAUGUGUUCAAAAAGACACCUAUCCCCACAUAUAAUUAAGUAUCUAGCAUUUAUUAGGAAUGAAACUUAUUCUUUUGCCUAUGGUGACAUAAAAUACUUAAAAUUAUCAAGGCCAAGGGUGUAUAAAAUUAACGUACACUAUAGAAACUAAUCAUUAUCUUGUAUCAUAUGCUCAAGCAAAAGGAUUUUAUUGCAUAAAGCCUUUGUGCAAGCCUUUAGUUACACAAUAAGAAAAAAAAAAGUUUGUAUUUGCGACUGAAGAUAUAAAAUAUACUUAUUCACUCGCUAAUGCCGUCAUUUAUAAAAACAUGCUUUCAUUUUCACAAAAAAAAAAAAUAUAAAAUAUAAAAAAAAAAUCACAGAUUAAUAAAACACAAUUCUGGAUAUAAAAUUAAAUUAUUUGACCAAUUAAUUAGACAGCGCAAAAGAUUUUUACUUUAUUAAAAGUAAUGUAAAUUUUAUUUUAAUUAAUAUUAAGAUCUAUAAGCGCCUACAUUGAAAUUGUACUUUCCAAAGUUUUAGUUUUUAUAUCCCUAUUUCUCCAGAUUAUUAAAUAUAUAAUUUAAAUUUUAUAGUCUGUUUAACCGUAAUGCACUAGCCCGCGUAAGCCGAUGCCGUUUAUAUUGUUAAUUUUAAUUUUGCUGUGCCAAAAUCCUUAUUUUGUACCAAUUAUACUAAGUUACUUGCUAGAUUUCUUACGAAUAAAUACUGUAUUAUCGAUUUUCGACUGCUUAUUUGCGGCCGAGCUGUGAGGUCUGAUUUGUCUUUUCAAUUGUAAUUGUCAUAUUAAAAUGUUAAAAGAAA